CGGAGCGGGCGGAGCGGAGCCGAGCGGGCGCAGCGCGGAGCCGGGCGCGCCCGGGCGCGGAGGAGCCGCCGAGCGCAGUGUUCCCAGGCUUCCCGCUGUGCCCGGAGCAGGAGGAGUCUCUCGGAGCACGAGGCCUGAGGGGACCGAAGCCCCUCCAAGCCGUGCCAGGGUGGGGAGGUGGUGGCCUGACCUGUCCCCCCAGCCAUGAGCCGCCGCGUGGUGCGCCAGAGCAAGUUCCGGCACGUCUUCGGGCAGCCGGUGAAGGCAGACCAGAUGUACGAGGACAUCCGUGUCUCCAAGGUGACAUGUGACAGCUCCUUCUGCGCUGUCAACCCCAAGUUUGUGGCCAUCAUUGUGGAGUCCGGUGGUGGCGGGGCCUUCAUUGUCCUGCCCCUUGCCAAGACAGGACGGGUGGACAAGAACCACCCGCUGGUCACGGGACACACGGCGCCCGUGCUGGACAUCGACUGGUGUCCCCACAACGACAACGUCAUCGCCAGCGCCUCGGAGGACACCACUGUCAUGGUAUGGCAGAUCCCCGACUAUGUCCCCGUGCGCAACAUCACGGAGCCCGUGGUGACACUGGAGGGACACUCCAAGCGGGUGAGCAUCAUCUCCUGGCACCCCACGGCCCGCAACGUCCUGCUCAGCGCAGGCUGCGACAACCUGGUGAUCCUCUGGAAUGUGGGCACUGGGGAGAUGCUGCUGGCUCUGGAUGACAUGCACACCGACCUCAUCUACAACGUGGGCUGGAACCGCAACGGCAGCCUGCUGGUCACCACCUGCAAGGACAAGAAGGUCCGUGUCAUCGACCCCCGCAAGCAGCAGAUCAUAGCGGAGAAAACCAAACCGCACGACGGCACCCGGCCCAUCCGCGCCAUCUUCGUGGCCGAUGGCAAGAUCUUCACCACGGGCUUCAGCAGGAUGAGCGAGCGGCAGCUGGGCCUCUGGGACCUGGAGAGGUUUGCCCCCCACGAAGGGCUGAGGCCCGUGCGGGCCAUCUUCACACGGGAAGGACACAUCUUUACCACGGGCUUUACCAGAAUGAGCCAGCGGGAGCUGGGCUUGUGGGACCCGAAUAACUUUGAGGAGCCCAUUGCCCUGCAAGAGAUGGACACGAGCAACGGGGUCCUGCUGCCCUUCUAUGACGCUGAUUCCAGCAUUGUCUACCUCUGUGGGAAGGGUGACAGCAGCAUCCGGUACUUCGAGAUCACGGACGAGGCUCCCUACGUGCACUACCUGAACACCUACAGCAGCAAGGAGCCCCAGCGGGGCAUGGGCUUCAUGCCCAAGCGUGGGCUGGAUGUCAGCAAGUGUGAGAUCGCCAGGUUCUUCAAGCUGCACGAGCGCAAGUGCGAGCCCAUCGUCAUGACGGUGCCACGCAAGUCAGACCUCUUCCAGGAUGACCUUUACCCUGACACGCCAGGCCCUGAGCCAGCCCUGGAGGCAGAUGAGUGGCUGUCAGGGAAGGAUGCAGAGCCCAUCCUCAUCUCGCUGCGGGAUGGGUACGUCCCCAUCAAGAACCGGGAGCUGAAGGUGGUCAAGAAGAACAUCCUGGACAGCAAACCCCCACCAGGCCCCCGACGCAGGCACUCCACCUGCGACUCAGACUUCUCUCAGCCGGCCUUGGAGGAGGUGCUGGAGGAGAUCCGUGCCCUGAAGGAGACGGUCCAAGCGCAGGAGAAGCGCAUCUCCGACCUGGAGAACAAACUCGGCCAGUUCACCAACGGCACGGACUAGUGCAGUGGCCACGACCACGGGCAGGGCCAGGACUGCCCCGGCCUGCCGGGGAUUAAAGCCGAGUCCCCACCUUGGGCAGGAGCCCGGAGCCGUGUUCUUUCCCCAGGAGCCGAAGGGGCAGGGAGGGGUCGGACCCUGACCCCCCUCCACAGGCAUCAGUCACAUCCUGCUCCCGGGGUGUCACAUGGGCACCCCACUGCAGCACCCGAGGGGGUCCCGCUUCAGUGCCCGCAGGCUGGGGCUGCCAAGCACCCCAACACGGGGACGGGCACGCUGGGCACCAGCAGCUUCCCAGCACAGGGAGCUGCUGGGCCCCCCCAGCCAGGAUGUGCUUGUGUACGGUGCUAGACCCCCACCCCAUCACCCCCUCACCUCCCCCUGCCCCAUCGGCCCCUCGGCGGGUGCUCCCAACCAGCUCUUUGCUCCUGGACCCCUUUAAUAAAGGGCUCAGCCACCCUUG